AUGGGGAAAACGCAAAAAUGGGAAAAACGCAAAAAUGGGAAAAACGCAAAAAUGGGAAAAACGCAAAAAUGGGAAAAACGCAAAUAUGGGAAAAACGCAAAUAUGGGAAAAACGCAAAUAUGGGAAAAACGCAAAUAUGGGAAAAACGCAAAUAUGGGAGAAACGCAAAUAUGGGAGAAACGCAAAUAUGGGAGAAACACAAAUAUGGGAGAAACGCAAAUAUGGGAGAAACGCAAAUAUGGGAAAAACGCAAAUAUGGGAGAAACGCAAAUAUGGGAAAAACGCAAAUAUGGGAAAAACGCAAAUAUGGGGAAAACGCAAAUAUGGGAAAAACGCAAAUAUGGGAAAAACGCAAAUAUGGGAAAAACGCAAAUAUGGGAAAAACGCAAAUAUGGGAAAAACGCAAAUAUGGGAAAAACGCAAAUAUGCGAAAAACGCAAAUAUGGGAAAAACGCAAAUAUGGGAAAAACGCAAAUAUGCGAAAAACGCAAACAUGGGAAAAAAGCAAACAUGGGAAAAAAGCAAACAUGGGAAAAAAGCAAACAUGGGAAAAAAGCAAACAUGGGAAUAUCGCAGAAAUGGGAAAAACGCAAACAUGAGAAAAACGCAAACAUGAAAAAACGCAAACAUGUAAAGACGCAAACAUGGGAAAAACGCAAACAUGGGAAAAACGCAGACAUGGGAAAAACGCAGACAUGGGAAAAACGCAGACAUGGGAAAAACGCAGACAUGGGAAAAACGCAGACAUGGGAAAAACGCAGACAUGGGAAAAACGCAGACAUGGGAAAAACGCAGACAUGGGAAAAACGCAGACAUGGGAAAAACGCAGACAUGUAA